UUAUUUUUUCACUCGGCUCCACCGGCGCGUCUCGGCUGAACGUGGAGGCGGCGACUGAGUGGCAGGAAAAACACAGCUACCCUCCCGAAUCAGGGCGGGGGUUCCCCUUCACAUCCAAAGCAGCGCAUUGACUUGCCCCACGGACCAUGUUUGCAAGCCGUGCCUGUCCUCGGGCGUUUCAGUAGGGAUUUGUUUUCAUUUUCUUUUUCGGCCCUGCGGAUGUCGCGGCGCCCAGCUCUGCCCUGCUCGCCGAGUGAAAGGCGCAGCUAGACGGGGGAGGGGCGGGGACUUGUGUGAGAGAGAUCCGAGGCUGUGCUGGGUCUCUAGGAGCCAUCCUCCGAGGACCCAGCCCUCCUGCUUUCCCGGAGCACUUACGGCGCGCUGGGGCGUGAAGGCGUCCAUCCCUCGGCAACACAGGACUACGCGAGCCCGAGGCCCCCUGCCUGUGGAGCGGGGCUCGGCCAAGAGCCGGGGGGAUGACUCUGGAAUCUAUGAUGGCCUGCUGCCUGAGCGAGGAGGCGAAGGAGUCCAAGCGGAUCAACGCCGAAAUCGACAAGCAGCUGCGCCGGGACAAGCGGGACGCCAGAAGGGAACUGAAGCUGCUUUUGCUCGGAACAGGAGAGAGCGGAAAGAGCACCUUUAUCAAACAGAUGAGGAUCAUCCAUGGAGCAGGCUACUCUGAUGAGGACAAGAGAGGUUUCACUAAGCUGGUCUACCAGAAUAUCUUCACUGCCAUGCAGUCCAUGAUCCGUGCAAUGGAGACUUUGAAUGUCUCAUAUAAAUAUGAGCAGAACAAGUCUAAUGCACUGUUGGUUCGAGAGGUUGAUGUGGAAAAAGUCUCAACGUUUGAGCUCCCCUAUGUAAAUGCCAUUAAAAUGUUAUGGAAUGACCCCGGAAUUCAAGAGUGCUAUGACCGGAGGCGAGAAUAUCAGUUGUCUGAUUCUACUAAAUACUAUUUAAGUGAUCUAGACCGAAUUGCAGAGCCCUCCUACCUUCCCACCCAGCAAGAUGUAUUAAGAGUUCGAAUUCCUACAACUGGGAUUAUUGAAUAUCCCUUUGACUUGCAAAGCAUCAUUUUCAGAAUGGUUGAUGUUGGUGGACAAAGAUCAGAACGCAGGAAGUGGAUUCACUGUUUUGAAAAUGUAACAUCCAUCAUGUUUCUUGUAGCUCUUAGUGAGUACGACCAAGUUCUAGUAGAGUCUGACAAUGAGAACCGUAUGGAAGAGAGCAAAGCAUUAUUCAGAACGAUCAUCACAUAUCCCUGGUUUCAGAAUUCCUCUGUUAUCCUUUUCUUGAAUAAGAAAGACCUCCUAGAAGAGAAGAUAAUGUACUCUCAUUUAGUGGACUACUUCCCAGAGUUUGAUGGUCCUCAGAGGGAUGCUCAGGCUGCCCGGGAGUUCAUCUUGAAAAUGUUUGUUGACCUGAACCCUGACAGUGACAAGAUCAUCUACUCUCAUUUCACCUGUGCUACAGACACCGAAAACAUCCGGUUUGUUUUUGCUGCUGUUAAAGACACCAUACUGCAGCUGAACCUAAAGGAGUACAACUUGGUGUAACUCCCAUUUUUUCCACCCAACCCCAUUCCUAAACUCCCCCUCCUUCCCCAGUACUAGUACUUACCUGCACGCACACGGGCGCAGAAGAAACUAAAAAAAAAUUAAGUAAAACAAAAGGAAUUAACUAAAUUUCACUAAGAGAAUGAUUUCUGAAGUCAGAUACCUUAUUCUUGAUUCUCUCCAAAAGGAAGACCUUUUAAUAUUUUUUGUUUUUAAAUUAUGGAGUUUGUCAGGAUUAUUAAGGAAGGUUUAAAAUUUGUAUUACUUUCCAUAUUUGUCUUUUAAAUUGCUCUACAUUUUAAUGCAGUUUGUACUUUAAGUCUUCAUCACUACAAUUUCCCAGUUGUAUUAGGCUUGAUUACCUACCACUGGACACUCUAACACCCAGUUCCCACUGGAAAAAGGUGGAUCUCAGUAUUAAGGGGGUAGGAGAAUGAUGGGACUUGUUUUUUUAAAAAAAAAAAAAACAAAAAAAAAGACAAAAUCACAAAAGGCAUCUCUGCAUAUAGAUGAGCCCUUGACUCUGUAUUCUGGUGUAAUAUGUUCACCUCCUACUUUCCUUAGCAAUGAAAGGUAUUGAUACUGUGAUUUUUUUUUUUUUUUUUAAUUAUUGAAAAUUAUAACCUAAUUUGUAGCUCACUGUACUUUUAAAAUGAACCGCUGAGAAUUAGUUGAUGAAGCAAUAGCUGGAUACAAAAAGAGGUCUUUCUCAAAAGACUGAAUCUUUAGUUUUAAGUUAAAAAGGUGUUUAUAAAUGUACAGAAAACUUUUAAAUUAGACAUUUUUAGGCACAAAUUUAGGAUAAGUAAGCUCCUUUUUAUUUAAUGUAGGACAUAUUUUUCCUCCGCUUUCCAUGAUUUUACUUUCUUGGCAGCUGUCUUUCUUGGCUUCUAAGAAGUUUGUAGAUGGACUUAUUUUGAGAAAAUAGAAAUGUUUCCUUUAUUUUGCCCCAAAUAAUUUGGUCUGUGAGUGAGCAUUUUUAUAAAUGGGUGCUUUCAGACACACAAGGAGGAUGGAUUUAAAAUUGGGUGUUUACAAAUUCUAAUGUUUGUAAGCUGCUUCUAUUCUGAACUAAAGACUAAUGAUGAACAAACUUCACUAUUUUCUUUAAAUGCACUUCAGCACAUUUCUCAUUAUAAGGGCUAUUGAGGGCUUCUUUUGGCCCUGUCUUACACUACCAGAGAGUUGGGGGUGGGAUGGACUGAAGGGCUUUGGAUUGGGGAGGGUGCAUAUGAAGAAGGAACAAAAGUGUUGUUAGGUGGCCUUUUUUCUUUACACAUCGAAACAGUGCCAAUAAAUGAGACUUAAAAGAUGCAGUAUCAUUUCUAGAGAGUUAAGGAAAGUAUGCCAUUAUGUUGCACAAACUUUUUUUUUGUUUUUAAACUGUGACCAUGUGGAAAUGCCAAACAGUCAAGUACAUACUAGUUCAAAAUGAACACAAGUUGCACUUCAUGUUGGGCAUGCCAAUUACAUUCAUGUUCAGAACCGUGUCACAUAUCAUGAAUUUUUUUUUUAAUAUAUUAUACUUUAAAUUGUAGUUUUGGUAAACGGAAAUUGACAGUCCACCACCCCAGCCUAACAAUCCCAGGCCUUUAUGCAGCAGCGCACAUGCAUCUAUGCAGAUGUGCUGAAUUAUCAUUGAGACAAAGAAUCAGUGUUAUCAUAUGGGGGAAGGUUAUGCGGGAAAAAAAAAAAAUCAGCCAAAAGUUUAUUUUAUAAAAGUUGUUCAUACAUUUUAAAUAAAGGAGAUUUAUAUAUUUCAAUGUAAUUUUAUGUUAAACUACAGACUGCUUGUUUUAUUUUUUCCCUUUGCUUCUUCCUUUGACCCAGAAAUUGCAUCGUUUAGUUAGGAACACUACGAUCAAAGCAGAAAAUUUUUUCAAUAUUGAAAUCUGUUCUCUACCUCUCUUUAAAUGGGGGAGACUUGCACAACUAUUCUCUGAAAAUAACACUAUUUCUCUUUUCAGUUCCAUUUUUCUUAAAAUUUUCAUUGAGCACCAAAAUGCAUUCCCCUUUCUUUCAGUAUUUCUACUUAGUGUUUGUUUCAUUUUCUCCAUUAUGAACUUUUAACUUUGUAUUAUUAGUGUGUAGAUGUAAAAUGUGAUGGCAGUGCCCAGGUCACUUUUUGAGUUCUGAAUUUCAAAACGGGAAUUUUUUUUUCGCAUAAAUAUUACUUGCUAAAUGUAAGAUACAAAAUUGCUUUUUUUUUUUUUUUUUUUUCUUUAAAAUAAACUUUACAGUAAAUUUUCCCAGUGGCCAUUGUAAUUGUUUAAGUGUACUUUGUGCAAAACACCCUGUUGUUAGUUUUCAUUUUUAUUGUUGACAUCAAACUUAAUAAAAUGUCAAUUUCUGCAGCUUUUUUUCAUUAAUUUACUGCUUCUACUUUUCAUAUGCUAGUUUUAAGAAUAUUAGGGUCUCAGCAGCCAAAUACUUUCAAGUACAUGUUUUAAACAGGGCUGGUUACUGAACUGUGCACUAAAUGUGAUUAAAUAUACUCACCAAGGUUUACAACCAUUUGGCUCUUUUGGUUAUGCUUAAGUAUAAAAUUAAUUUUCAACUUGUUGCUUUUCAGUAUCUUAUAAAUUAAUAAAAGUAUUGCAAUGCAUCACAACUGACUACUCAAACUGACAAUAUUUUGAGUAGCCUAAAGCACAGAGGCUAUCACUUGUCUCGUCACGCAGGACAAAAUGUAUCCUGUUCGAUAAACUUAAACAGUUCUGCAGAAGCAGGGAAAAAAUUCAGAAUUAAGAUGUCAAGCUUGUUUGUAAAGGUUGAAAAAAUAUGCUAGUAUUCAUUGAAAAGUGUAUACAUACCCUUUUAAAAUUACAGUGGAGGGAAUUGUGCAUAAAGAUUUCAUUAACGGCUGACAUUGGUACAACAAUCAAUUCAUUUUUAUGUUAACAAUGGAAGUUUGAUUUUUUUUUUUAUUUGUUUAUUAAAUGUAUAACAAGUACAGCAACUGAUUAAACUGAAAUUAUAUCAAAGUAUGAGAUUGCACAGAUUAAUUCAAAAAGUUGAUUUUUUUUUUUAUCAUUCUGGAUUUCCUGAUAGUAUUUCACUAAGUAAUUUUGAACAAAAUUUCCAUGUUUAUAUUAGUAAAUAUUGUUUCUACAAAAAUGUGUGUAAUAAAAUUGAACAAUUGAAUUCAAUAAAUACUGCUGUGAGAAUUGACACAAGCAGUUUUAUGUAACUUUUUCAUAUUAUAAGCAAUGGCAAAACUGGUUUCUCAUUUAAAAUAUUUUGCUUCUGCAUUAGACAGCAUAAAGUAUCCAAAACUUAUUCCCACUAGUUUUGUCAACUAUAUAUGAGAAGAAUUAAAUUGCACUUUUCCUCUGGAGAUCCUUGGCCAUAACAUUAUUCCUGAAUAAAAUUUAAAAGCUAUUGUGGCAUUGACCAUUUAAUCUUGUUCCCAUGACUAAGUGCAACAUCUCAGGAUCUUCAUUUUGUAAGAAUAAAAUACUAAAUUAAUAACAAUCUAAUGCAAGUUAGGUACCUUUUUGUAUUGGUUUGAUAUACAAAAGUGAUGUAAAUAUAAUGUAGUAGUGUGUGGUAUGUAUACUGUAUAUAGAGUAAUAUUGACCUAUCAAGAUAGAUAAAAAACGUGUAUAUAUAAUGUAUGCAUACAUGUGUCCAUCCUUCCAUCCACUAUAAACUCGGUUAUACGUUUUCAUUAAAAGAUUAUGCAAGUAAAUUGCAUUUUUCUUGUUAGUGAUGUAAUUUUGUUUUCAAAAA